AUAUGGCCGAAAAAAGUGAUUUUUGAAAAGAAUUUAAUCAAAUAUUUGAGGUGUAGGAAUCGAGUUUAAAAACUGGAUAUAUAAAUCCCGUGUACACUUUUUCAAAUGCCGAAAUUUUCUCCUUUUUGCAAACAGAAUUGUAUAUGAUAUAUUUAUAUCUUAUGUCAUUCCAUUCUCAGCAGUCGUACGAGUUGGUUGUGUUAGCUCGUCGGCUCCGCUGGAAUCGAUAUUGUGUUUGUGCUUUAUAUUCGAUUGUUUUUGAUCCGAUUUGUUUUGACCUUGUAUCGGCACGUAGUUGAUACUUGAACUUGUACUGCUGUACGUGUGCGUCCUGUACACUAUGAUGCGGCUCUCCCAAAAUUCUGAUGCUGAAAGUGGUCGCUACCUCUUGUCGAGACUAAAGGAUCCCUCCAUCCUGAGAGCCCUUAGGCUGUACCUGUCAUACCUUCACGACCAACCCUCCAAUGUGUGCUUUGAAGGGCACACGACCACUAGUAUAAAACUAAUGCUAGCAUCCGAAGGACUGCCCAUCGAUCUUGGUUCAUUGCGAAACCUGAUGUAUAUCCGCUUCCAUGACGUCUACGGCAUUGGCGCCGCCGAGGUUGAAGAUGACCUUUCAGCCUUUUGGUCCUUUUUUUCAUCUGAAAAACUGGUAAGGCUUCAAAAAAUUAGGGAAAGUCAAUCAAAUUAUUUUUCUAGUUGCUCUCCAAGUAAUGUGACGCGACCAGAGGAUCUAGCACCCUCUGUAAAGCCGGAAGAUAGCGAGCUCAGUGUUUUUCUUUUAAAUAUUCAGUCCUUAAAACGCAAAACCAACGAUUUAUUCCUUCUAUUAGAAGAACUGAAAUUUCCUGAAAUUUUCGCCAUUACCGAACAUUGGUUAAACAUAGAUGAACCUAUUUGUAUUCAAAAUUAUACUACAAUUGCUAGGUUCAAUAGAGGUAUUUUUUCUCAUGGCGGCACCUUAAUUAUGUCUACCAACAGCGACUUUGUAGCGGUCACUAAGUUCGAUAUCUUAUUAUCUGAAAAAGAAUUUGAAUUUUCCAUCGUUCAUAACGCUUUACUUGACCUUUACAUUAUUUGUAUUUAUCGAUCACCGGACGCUAAUGUGCUGGUUUUCUGCCAAAAACUACUGAGCUUGCUGGAAUCCCUACCUAUAAAAAGUAAAUUGAUUUUAUGUGGUGACUUUAACAUCACCAGUGUGUGUGCUGCUCAAGAGUCUCUGCAGUCAAUUUUUGAUUCAUUGGUUUUAGAAAUGCACAUCAACUCUCCAACCAGAAUAACUAAAAAUAGUUCUAGCACAAUCGACUAUAUUGUGUCAUCAUUUAUUCCAUCGUUCGUUGAUUGUACUGUCUUAAAUGCAGGGUUUUCUAAUCAUGAAGCUGUGAUUUGUAGAUUUUCUUUGGAAUCUAAAGGAAUCUAAAUUAGGCCGUGUUUUUGGUGACAAGAAUUUAUUAAAUUUCAAGAGUCAGUGCCUUGAGUGCAAUUGGGAUUUUCUUUCUGAUGAUAUCGAUGAUGAGUUUUCUAGAUUUACAAGGACUUUAUCAAAUAUUUCAGAUAAGUGUUUUCCUUUGAGGCCUAUAAAAAUUAAACAUCAUAAGCCUUGGUCUACUUGUGGCUUACGUAUAUCAGCAAAAAACAUCCGCUCAUUAUCGCAUCUAAAAAAAUUCUCCGUCAGCGACGUUUUCCACAAUUACGUCAGGCGAUACAGAAGAGUUUAUCACAAGACAAUAAAAGCUGCAAAGGAUGCCUAUUAUAACAAAAGGCUUACUGAUUCUGGUAAUGUGUCUAAAGAAACAUGGUCUAUUGUUAACGAAUUGAGAAAUAAAUCACUACUUCACCGGAGGACCUUAACAAUUACUUUGUAAAUGUGGCUAAGAACCUAAUCACCACCAUAUCACCUUCUCACGAUCCACUUUCGUAUCUUUUCAAUGGUUAUCUGCACAGUUUCUUUUUUUUACCCCUGUAUCAUUCACCGACCUUCGAAGUACAAUUAACGAAAUAAAAAAUAUAUCAUCGUCUGGUACAGAUGGCCUUACUCUCAAAAUGUUUGCAAACCUGCCUGAUUGCACCUUAAGUCACUUGGUGAACUUAAUUAACAUGUCAUUUCAGAGGGGAAUCUUUCCAAGCUGCCUUAAGACUGCAAUUAUUAUUCCACUGCAUAAAGAUCAAGCCUCAAAUUAUCGCCCAAUAGCACUUGUCCCAACUUUAUCUAAGAUUGUUGAAAGACUAGUUAAAGAAAGGGUUUUGUAAUUUUUGCUUAAAUAUAGAAUUCUAACACCAAAUCAAUUUGGAUUUUUGAAAAAUAAAUGCACCAGUGAUGCUAUGUUUUCGCUCCUAAAUACUGUUUAUUCUAGCCUAAGCAAUCAACACUUCACAGCUACAGUUUUCUGCGAUUUCUCAAAGGCAUUUGAUUGUGUUAAUCAUAAUAUUUUAAUUAACAAACUGCAACACUAUGGGUUUAGAGGAUCUUCUCUCAAAUGGUUUAAG